ACAAAAUGGCGUUAUCUAUCGGUGCUGUCCGGAUAGGCCAAAUUUCUCUUUAAACUUUAAAUUAAAGUCUUUAAACUGAGUAAAGUCAUACAUUAGUUUGUUAGUAAUGUUAUAUUCAAUAUUGAUGUGAUUUCAUUAAAAAAAUUGCCAAGAUGUGGCACGAGGCUAGAAAGCAGGAGAAGAUGAUCCGGGGGAUGAUAGUAGACUACAGAAGGCGAGCCGAGCGUCGUAAAGAUUUCUACGAGAAGAUUAAAGCUGAGCCAACACAAUUUUUACAACUACAUGGCAGGCCAUGUAAGAUACACUUGGACCCAGCUAUAGCUGCAGCAGGAGAGGGACCUGCUAUAAUGAUGCCUUGGCAAGGUGAUACAAGCAACAUGAUUGACAGAUUUGAUGUUAGAGCACAUUUAGAUUAUAUUCCGGAAGUGAAAAAUCCUUUUAUUGCCCCUGAAGAUUUGAGCCAAGAAGAGAGGCAAUGUAACUACGAAAGUUACAGGAUUCUGGCACAGAAUGCGUUUCUUGGAAUAAGUGAAGAAAAAUUCCUACAACAAUUAGCAAUUGAGGAACAAUUUGGCGUAACUAUUGAAGAGAAGGAGAUGCAGAAAGAGAGGUUAAAUGAAAAGAAAGGGACGGGUGCCGCUAUAGGAUACAAUUAUAAUGACCCCGGAGCACAACCGUCUUGCUCCAACCCUACUGGCCCUGACGUUAAAAAAACAGAACAGCCGGAGGAUUCCGAUGAUGACUCUGAUCUGGAAAUCAUUGAUGUGGAUCUGAGUAUCGAUGUCAACAAGAUGGAGGCUUCUCAGGCUCAUGAGUUGAACAGCGUGGGUCCGCUAUUCGGCAUGGCGGGCUGCGACCUGUUCUCGUUCCUCACGGGGGACGCUGAUGACGCUGAGCAUCAGAAGCAGCUGCUGCGGGAGGAAAAGGAGAAAGCCAUGUUCUCCGGAAGGAAGAGUCGGAAGGAGAGAAGGGCUCAUCGGGAUAAGAAGCUGCAGCACCGCGUAGUGAGCCCGCCUGCGUACGCAGCCCCACGUGCUAACUCGGAGACUGCGAGGUCGGUGAGCCGCUCCGCCAGCCGCAGCCCCGAGCCCGCGCCGCAGAUACAGUUCAUCACCUCCUUCGGGCAGGACGACGACGAGGUCAAACCCCCACCUCCAAUUAAACCUCUAUAUGCUGAUAAAUUAAAACAGAACCUGAAACCGGAAAUACUGUAUUCUGAUGUUGCUAGAAAACCACCAGCGAGGUCACCGCCACAAUACAACGAUUACCAAGGCCCGCGGCCGUUCAUGGGCCCGCACCGGCCCCGCUCCCGCUCACGCUCGCGCUCGUACUCGCGCUCAGUGUCCCGCUCGAGGUCUCGGUCGAGGUCUCGCUCGAGGUCACGGUCGAGGUCGCGGUCCCGGUCCCGCUACUCGUCGUCCAGGUCGCGCUCCUACAGCCCCCAGCGGCGGUCGAGGUCUACCUCGAGGCCGCGCCAGUACAGGAACAGACGAUCUAGAAGCCCGCCCAAUUACGGUAAACGUAAUCGCUCGAGGUCCAUGUCUUUUGAAAGCAACGAGAAGGGCGUUGCGAAGGCGGCGGUGCCGCGGUACUACGGGCGCCGCAAGGAGGACAAGUCCUCCAGCGAGCUCUCGCUAGACUCCGACUCCAGCGACACGCCCGACGACGGGAAACGCACGUCGGCGGUUAAAUCCAACACAAACCAGAAUCAGUUACGAUUAACUGGAUCCAGCUCCAAAGGCUCAUCGCGACAGACAAAUUCGCUCAAGGAAAAGCUCAAAAAGAAAAUGCAGGCUCAGUUAUCAAGGCAACUGCGGGCAGACAAGCGGGCUGAGGCGGAGCGGUUGGAGCGCGAGUCGCGGCGGCAGGCGCGGCGCGACGAGGAGAUGCGAGAGCUCGCCAUCAAGCUGCGACGCAAGCAACGUGAAAUGCGGCAUCAACAGAACAGAAGGUCUAGCGACGAUGACUCGGAUGCAAGUCAUAGUGGUUCGUCGAGAGACUCGCCCACGCAGGAAAAGAAGAAAGACGAGGGGAGUCGCUCGAAGAGCCCCUCCCCGACGCCAAAGAAGAUACCGGUGUGGGAGACCAACAGGGACGCCCCCCGAGUCCCCCCGGACUACAGAAACAGGUACGACGGCGGGGAGAGCUCGCGGGACCCCCCGGACGCCGGGAGAUACGAGACCGAGAGCUUCGACCGGCCGCCGCCGCCCUACCCGCCGCCGAGGUACCCCGGCGGGGACCACCGGGGCCGCGGCUACGACAACCGACAGGAGUCGACAUAUAACCGACAGGAUCACAACGCGUACGAGCAACAGCAGAGUAGAUGGGAUCAGAACAGCUACCCUAUGGGGCGGAGACGGCCGUACGCGGCGCGCGGCGGGCCCCGCGGGGGCGGGGGCGGGGGCGGCGGGGCGCACGAGCCCCCGCCCCCGCCCCCCGCCUGGCGCGCGCGCCCGCCGCCGCCCCGCGCCCCGCCGCUACCCCCGCUUCCCCCCGACCACGACCGUGACGCUUCCGGCAGUUACGGCAGGACCAAAGUCAAGCUCGUCGACUAUUAAGCCCGCCCGAGGUUGGAAAUUUGAUGCCAAAUUAGAUGAUUGUGAUGUUCGAAUUCAUAUCACUGCUGUAGGGAUUUUAUGUGUAUUUUCUACACGUUCCCGUAAAUUUUCGAUCGAGGCUUCUCGAGAUAUUGUCCAUAUUUAAACGUUUCGACCCCGUCUCUUUCGUGUACACGUUUCUAAUAUUAAUCGAGCGGCCUAGCCGAGAUGACGAUCGCUUACGCUCCGCCAUCGAACCGCUUUAUGGUUUCUCUAUCGCUCUUCCAUUAGUGUGACAGUGACGAUUGCGUUUCGUUCGCUACGGAGCGUUUGCGAUUGACAUGUUGUCUACGGGGCCUGUUGAUUAUAUUGCUAGAUUUUCAUGACCUUUUCGAAUAUUGAGUAGAUUUAUCGUAUUUCCACCGAAUAAAUUUAAAAAGUCAUCGACAUCUGUUGCCACUUCUACAAAAAAAGUGUGUGCAAAAAUAUAGCCGAACCAAAUUAAACCACAAAUCCAAUUGAAAGAUGAUCGUGGUUCUGUCACCUAACUAGAAACAUAAGCUCUGUACAUCGAUCGAUUCAUCCAUGUAUGAUAGAAAUUUCAUCUUGAAUUUAAUUCAGAAAACCAUGGGCGCAAAUGCAUUUUGAACGUUGUAUGUACUACAAAAUAGUAUGUGUUCAAAAUUUUUAAAGUUUACUGCACUUGUCAAAGUGUAACACAUAUGUUCAUGAAUAAAAAGAGUAUACAAUUAUUAUUUAGUUAUUGUAAUUAUAAUUAACAAAAGAAAGUACUAUUUGUCUUGUUAUAUAACUUACGUGAUUCGUAUUUUCUACUUCAGACUUGUGUAAAUAUUUCAAACACCAUUUUUAUUUUAGUAAUAUUAUAAGCAGCUUUUAUUGUAUAUUGUCAGUGUUAAAUAAAUACACUUAUUCAUUUAUAAAA